AUGAGUGCUCAACAAAAAAAUUAUGCGGCUUUGGCUGUAACUGACCAUUAUAAUGUUCAAUCCUUUCCUGAAUUUAGCAACCACCAAAGCAACGAUUUGAAAAUCAUUUAUGGCUGUGAAAUGGAAAUGCUAGAGGAUGAACUUCCUCCUUAUCUUUUUAAUCACUCGCCGGAAAUUUUGGAAAAAAAGGGAGAAAUUAUUCGGGAAGGCGAAUAUUUAAUCUGCCCAGAAAAGGAAAUCCCAGCCGAAAUUCUAGCCACUUGGUACACGAGCAUUGACCCACAAGAAUUAAAAAAGGCUCCAAAAAUUAAGGAAAUUUUGUCAACUUUACAAAGGGAAUGA